GUGAAUGUCUGGAGGCUCUGAGCAUCUUCCCUGUCACCUGUCUCCUUGUGGUCAGACCUUGAGACCUCGCGGGGGCGAGCAGCAUGGGCGCCGCUCUGCUCCUCUGGGGCUUGUUGGCUCUCCUCACACCCGGCAUCUGCGAUCAAUGUCUCUCCCCACCAAGGUUAAAUUUUGCAAUACCAAAAUAUAACUCCAAAUCUGUGUUUAACAUUGGAGAUGCUUUGACUUUUGAAUGCCUCCCUGGAUACAUGUCAAAAAUGUUUCAAAUCACCUGCCUGAAGAACGCAACAUGGUCCAGUGUAGAUGACAGCAUAUGUAAACGCAAAUCAUGUAGGACUCCUGCAGAGCUCCUCAAUGGAAAGGUGCAAAUAAUAAACACCCUGUUUGGUUCAACAAUUAAAUAUUCUUGUGAUGACGGAUAUCAACUUAUUGGCCACUCAUCCAACCAGUGCAUCAUCUCAGAAAAUACUGUCAUUUGGGAGAAUGAAGCACCUCUAUGUGAAUCUAUUCGUUGUGAGCUACCUCCUGCCAUUCCCAAUGGAAGAUAUAAAAGCACUAAUGAAUAUUUUCAAUAUGGUAUGGUAGUAUCCUAUGAAUGUAAUACUGGACCUAGAGGAGAAAAGCUAUAUGACCUGGUGGGUAAUAAAACAUUAUACUGUACUAGCAAAGACAAUAAAGUUGGAAUCUGGAAUAGUCCUCCACCUCAAUGCAUUACUCCAGCCAAGUGCCAGACCCCAGUAAUUGCCAAUGGAAGAAGAGUGGGGGGCUUCAAACGUAUCUUCUCAUUAAAUGAUGCUGUCCUAUUCGAGUGUCAUCCUGGCUUUACUAUGAAGGGCAGCAAAAUAGUGCAAUGCCAGAGCAACAGCCAGUGGGAACCUGCAUUGCCAGUGUGCUUCAAAGGGUGUCUUCCACCUGAGAAGAUCUCCCAUGGUAACAUCAGCAACACUAAGGACUCUUUUUCCUUUGGAGAAAUUGUAUCCUAUGUUUGUGAGCCUGGCUAUUUUCUCAUUGGAACUGCUUUGAUUAAGUGUAUAGAGCCUGGGAAAUGGAACUCCCAAACUCCUAAGUGUGAAGUGAAAUCAUGUGAAAACUUAUUGGAUCAACUUCCUAAUGGCCAUAUUAUUUCUCGAUCCCCAAGCCUUGGAUCAAAGGUUUCCUUUGUUUGUGAUGUGGGGUUCUGGUUAAAUGGCAGCUCUUCGAGUACAUGUGUCCUAAGAGGAAUGACAGUCUUGUGGAAUAAUAAGAUUCCUGUCUGUGAACGGAUUCUUUGUGAUUCCCCUCUUCCCAUCAGCAAUGGUAGAUUUCCACCCCUUCCCUGGGAUAAAAAAGUUCCCUAUGGGACUACAAUAAGAUAUAGCUGUUUCAAGUCAUUCCGUAUGAUUGGAACCAAAAGUACUAUUUGCACAAGUAAAAAUCAAGUGAGUGGAGUCUGGAGUGAACCUGCCCCUCGGUGUGAAGCUUACAGUAGAACUACUCUUUGUCCUGAGCCAAAAGUCUUAGACAGACAUCUAAAGUUGAGGUCCCGACCUCCAUAUCGACAUGGUGACACCGUGAUAUUUGCCUGUGAUACCAACUUUACAUUAAAAGGCUACAGCACUCUCUGGUGCCAAGCAGAUAACAGAUGGGGACCAUCACCAAUGCCGACAUGUGAGAGUGAUUUUUCAUUAGAAUGUCCUUCACCUCCCAUAAUUCCUAAUGGUCAGCCUAGAAAUGGCCACAGUGGUCCAGUUGCUCCUGGCUUGUCUGUCACUUAUAGCUGUGAACCUGGCUACAUUCUUGUUGGAGAAAAGACCAUUCACUGUUUGUCUUCAGGAGUCUGGAACACCACUGCUCCCAAGUGUGAAGAGGCACUGUGUGAUCCUGUAAUAAAAUUCCCCAAUGGACAGGUAGAGAAACCUUCACAUCUACAGAUUGGGGCAGUCAUGACCUUUUCCUGUAAUAAGGGGUACCAUUUACAGGGCCAAGCUUCUAGUCAGUGUGUGCUUGCCAAGGAGGGCGUUGUUUGGACUAAGAUUCCAAUCUGCAUAAAAGUGUUUUGUCCUCCUCCUCCUGUAAUUGAAAAUGGGAAGUACACGGGUGGCUCUACAGAUGAUGUUCCAUUUGGAACCAGAGUAACUUAUGAAUGCAACGCUGAUCCAGAAAGAGGCAGGACAUUCAACCUCAUUGGAGAGCGCACCCUCCAGUGUAUACAUAACCAAGAGGGCACGGGGACGUGGAGUGCGGCUGCCCCUCGGUGCGAGCUUUCUGCUUCCCCUGUACAGUGCCUGAUUCCCACAGUCCCACAUGGCCGCACGAUAUCUGAACAGGGAGCCCCAUAUCUCUUAAAUGACACUGUGGCAUUUCUCUGUGAUCCUGGCUUUACCCUAAGGGGCAGCAGUCAGAUCCGCUGUAGUGCCAGUGGCACAUGGGAUCCCGAAGUGCCAGCCUGUGAAAAGGCAUGCCAGCCCCCUCCUGAGAUCCCCCAUGGGCAUCACACAGGCAGGAAUAUGGGAUUUUUGGACCCUGGGACAUCUGUAAACUACAGUUGUGAUCUCGGCUAUUCGCUGAUAGGAGAAGAGACUAUUCACUGUACUGCUGGAGGAGUAUGGAAGCCUUCUGUCCCUCUCUGUAAAGCAAUCCUGUGUCCUCCUCCUCCUGUAAUUGAAAAUGGGAAGUACACGGGUGGCUCUACAGAUGAUGUUCCAUUUGGAACCAGAGUAACUUAUGAAUGCAACGCUGAUCCAGAAAGAGGCAGGACAUUCAACCUCAUUGGAGAGCGCACCCUCCAGUGCAUACGUAACCAAGAGGGCACGGGGACGUGGAGUGCGGCUGCCCCUCGGUGCGAGCUUUCUGCUUCCCCUGUACAGUGCCUGAUUCCCACAGUCCCACAUGGCCGCACGAUAUCUGAACAGGGAGCCCCAUAUCUCUUAAAUGACACUGUGGCAUUUCUCUGUGAUCCUGGCUUUACCCUAAGGGGCAGCAAUCAGAUCCGCUGUAGUGCCAGUGGCACAUGGGAUCCCGAAGUGCCAGCCUGUGAAAAGGCAUGCCAUUCCCCUCCUGAGAUCCCCCAUGGGCAUCACACAGGCAGGAAUGUGGGAUUUUUGGACCCUGGGACAUCUGUAAACUACAGUUGUGAUCUCGGCUAUUCGCUAAUAGGAGAAGAGACUAUUCACUGUACUGCUGGAGGAGUCUGGAAGCCUUCUGUCCCUCUCUGUAAAGCAAUCCUGUGUCCUCCUCCUCCUGUAAUUGAAAAUGGGAAGUACACGGGUGGCUCUACAGAUGAUGUUCCAUUUGGAACCAGAGUAACUUAUGAAUGCAACGCUGAUCCAGAAAGAGGCAGGACAUUCAACCUCAUUGGAGAGCGCACCCUCCAGUGCAUACGUAACCAAGAGGGCACGGGGACGUGGAGUGCGGCUGCCCCUCGGUGCGAGCUUUCUGCUUCCCCUGUACAGUGCCUGAUUCCCACAGUCCCACAUGGUCGCAUGAUAUCUGAGCAGGGAGCCCCAUAUCUCUUAAAUGACACUGUGGCAUUGCUCUGUGAUCCUGGCUUUACCCUAAGGGGCAGCAGUCAGAUCCGCUGUAGUGCCAGUGGCACAUGGGAUCCCGAAGUGCCAGCCUGUGAAAAGGCAUGCCAUUCCCCUCCUGAGAUCCCCCAUGGGCAUCACACAGGCAGGAAUGUGGGAUUUUUGGACCCUGGGACAUCUGUAAACUACAGUUGUGAUCUCGGCUAUUCGCUAAUAGGAGAAGAGACUAUUCACUGUACUGCUGGAGGAGUCUGGAAGCCUUCUGUCCCUCUCUGUAAAGCAAUCCUGUGUCCUCCUCCUCCUGUAAUUGAAAAUGGGAAGUACACGGGUGGCUCUACAGAUGAUGUUCCAUUUGGAACCAGAGUAACUUAUGAAUGCAACGCUGAUCCAGAAAGAGGCAGGACAUUCAACCUCAUUGGAGAGCGCACCCUCCAGUGCAUACGUAACCAAGAGGGCACGGGGACGUGGAGUGCAGCUGCCCCUCGGUGCGAGCUUUCUGCUUCCCCUGUACAGUGCCUGAUUCCCACAGUCCCACAUGGUCGCAUGAUAUCUGAGCAGGGAGCCCCAUAUCUCUUAAAUGACACUGUGGCAUUGCUCUGUGAUCCUGGCUUUACCCUAAGGGGCAGCAAUCAGAUCCGCUGUAGUGCCAGUGGCACAUGGGAUCCCGAAGUGCCAGCCUGUGAAAAGGCAUGCCAGCCCCCUCCUGAGAUCCCCCAUGGGCAUCACACAGGCAGGAAUGUGGGAUUUUUGGACCCUGGGACAUCUGUAAACUACAGUUGUGAUCUCGGCUAUUCGCUGAUAGGAGAAGAGACUAUUCACUGUGCUGCUGGAGGAGUCUGGAAGCCUUCUGUCCCUCUCUGUAAAGCAAUCCUGUGUCCUCCUCCUCCUGUAAUUGAAAAUGGGAAGUACACGGGUGGCUCUACAGAUGAUGUUCCAUUUGGAACCAGAGUAACUUAUGAAUGCAACGCUGAUCCAGAGAGAGGCAGGACAUUCAACCUCAUUGGAGAGCGCACCCUCCAGUGCAUACGUAACCAAGAGGGCACGGGGACGUGGAGUGCGGCUGCCCCUCGGUGCGAGCUUUCUGCUUCCCCUGUACAGUGCCUGAUUCCCACAGUCCCACAUGGUCGCAUGAUAUCUGAGCAGGGAGCCCCAUAUCUCUUAAAUGACACUGUGGCAUUGCUCUGUGAUCCUGGCUUUACCCUAAGGGGCAGCAAUCAGAUCCGCUGUAGUGCCAGUGGCACAUGGGAUCCCGAAGUGCCAGCCUGUGAAAAGGCAUGCCAUUCCCCUCCUGAGAUCCCCCAUGGGCAUCACACAGGCAGGAAUGUGGGAUUUUUGGACCCUGGGACAUCUGUAAACUACAGUUGUGAUCUCGGCUAUUCGCUGAUAGGAGAAGAGACUAUUCACUGUGCUGCUGGAGGAGUCUGGAAGCCUUCUGUCCCUCUCUGUAAAGCAAUCCUGUGUCCUCCUCCUCCUGUAAUUGAAAAUGGGAAGUACACGGGUGGCUCUACAGAUGAUGUUCCAUUUGGAACCAGAGUAACUUAUGAAUGCAACGCUGAUCCAGAGAGAGGCAGGACAUUCAACCUCAUUGGAGAGCGCACCCUCCAGUGCAUACGUAACCAAGAGGGCACGGGGACGUGGAGUGCGGCUGCCCCUCGGUGCGAGCUUUCUGCUUCCCCUGUACAGUGCCUGAUUCCCACAGUCCCACAUGGUCGCAUGAUAUCUGAACAGGGAGCCCCAUAUCUCUUAAAUGACACUGUGGCAUUGCUCUGUGAUCCUGGCUUUACCCUAAGGGGCAGCAAUCAGAUCCGCUGUAGUGCCAGUGGCACAUGGGAUCCCGAAGUGCCAGCCUGUGAAAAGGAGUGUCCACCACCUCCUCAGAUAUCCCAUGGUCAGCACACAGGUCAGGAGAGAGACCACUUUGCUCCUGGCAUGUCUGUAAAUUAUACCUGUGAUCCUGGAUACUGGCUCCUAGGAAAUAAAUCCAUUUACUGUAUGUCUUCAGGAGUUUGGAGUCUUUCGGCCCCACAGUGUGAAGAAGCCUCAUGUGAACCCAUAGAAGAACAAUUGCAGUUACCCUCAGAUGGCAGUCCUGUGGUUCCAGUUAAUUCCUCUUGCCAUGAGGGGUACCAGUUAACUGGCCAUGUUUAUAAACUCUGUCGGAAUCCUGAAGCAGGGAAUAGGUUUUGGUUCCAAAAGAUUCCACUCUGUAAAGAAGCAAACUGUCACCUCCCAGAGUUAAUAAUUGGUGCCCACAAUGUGUCAACUAAAAAAUUAUAUGAUUUUGGAGCUAUCUUUACUCUGAAGUGUGAUGAAGGAUAUAUGCUAGAAGGCAGUCCUCAGAGCCAGUGUCAAGAAGAUCAUAGAUGGGACCCUCCUUUGGCAGUCUGUAAAUCACUCAAUUAUUCUUCCCUUCUAGGCUCCCAAGGUCCUCUUGUUCUCGGUGGCAUUUCUUUGGGUACAGUAUUACUUAUUCUAUUUGCUGGUGUCGCAUUGGCAAUAAUAUCAAAAUAUAAAGAAGGCAAUUAUUAUACUAAUGAAAAUUGUAAAGAAGUAGCUAUCCAUUUAGAGACACACGCAGAUUACAAUAAUGAUACUUACAGCUUCGCAACUUAACCAGAAGACUAAUAGCAGUUGCCAACUGAAUGCUGUGAAACUGGAGAGUGAUCUGGAAAGGCAGCUUUAAGCUGGAUUUGGAAAAAAAAACAACCUGCUUGUGAAACAUCAGAUAUCUUAGAAUCGAUUUUACAGAGGUGCAACUUUUAUCAAAACAUGAAUUUUCAAGUGGAACAAAGCAAGGUUUCCUUUUUUGUUGGAGGGGUGUUUUUUGUUUUUUGUUUUUUUUUUUUAAGUUGGGCUAGCCAAAUUCUGACUACCUUCUUUCAACCUGACCAUUCUGUUUGCUUUUGUUAUCAGCAUACUAUUAUUUGAACACUGAACUUGAGACAUGGUUUCAAUUAAAGAAAAAUGAUGAAACCUUUUUUCUAAGCAUAUUUGACUUUGAUCACUUAGAAGAAAGACUUACUUUAAAAAAAAUUAGAAGCUGCUUAAAACAGUUUUUUCAAUUAUAAAGAUAGCAUUUUGCUUUUUUUUUUCCUCAGGUUAAUAUUAGUUUAGUAUCUGCCUUGGGUUUCCCUAUGAUCCUGUGAUUCAUAAAAGUGAUGUCAAACAAUAAUUUAAUAAAAUUAUUAAGGAAAUGUUAUUAAGGAAGCAUUUAGAAGAGAGGAUAUUUUGAUGCUCCUUUAUUUGUAUUUCAAAAAUUGUAGUCUCUUAUUUUUAAGAAGUACUUUAUAUGAACAAAUAAAAAUUAUUUCUAUAGAA